AUGUGCAACUGCACAACGACGUCGAGGGAUGACACCAACAUACCAGACUGGCAAGCGCAGAACAUCGACCUGCGAUGGGUGAGCGACCACCUAGGUAUCGGGGCCUACGCGCUGAAUACAUUCAAGAAGGACACUGUGCUCGGUGAGUAUCUUGGAGAGCUUGUGCCGGGUUACUUCCUCCCUGUAGAGGGGUCUGGUGGAGAUAGAUACUCGUACAAUGUCACGAAUGCGGAGGACAAAACGGUGGCGUUUGUUGACGCGUUGAGGAUGGGGAAUUGGACUAGGUUCGUCAACCAGUCUAGUGACCCAAAUGCGGCGUGUGACACGCAGAGGGUUGGUAGGGAGUUGAAGCAUGUCGUUAUGGCCACGAAGCACAUCAAGAAAGGUGAGCAGGUAACACUUGAUUAUGAAAAGUAUUACUGGGACAUGCUGAAUGAACGUCGUGUGUGGUGUGGGUGUAGUGCAAGAGAAUGUAAAUAA